AUGCUGCUGACUCACCCAGAAUUGCUCAAAGUCAUGGUCACUCUCUGUAUCUCGCCGGCAGCCCCGCCCGCAGGAACAUUUCACGCCCUCACGCCCAUCACCCACCGCCACCACGCCCACUCCCCACGCCCUUUUCCUAUCGUGGGAUAUAUAAAAGGAUGGUGUGAUCGCUUAGGCACACCAUUCACCAUACUGGCACCAGAGCUCAAUAUGAAGGUGGCACCUUGGACCUUCGUACUACUCGCGGCUGCAGUCUCUUCUGUGGCUGCCGAUUCAACAAAGGCUAAGACCCCAGGCGACCUCCCCGCCCGCUCCCCGCCUACGUACAGAAUUCCCCCUGCACACAGACCCCCUCUCACACACAAACCCCAGCCUUAUCGUAAGACUCCAGCUCUUCAUAAUCCUACGCAGUACGAUUAUGAUCCUCCGUCCCAGGCAACCAAUACAGCUCAAAGGAACUCGACAUUGGCUCAUAAAAGAUAUCCAUUUCCUACGCAUCAACUGCAAAGUUCAGAUCUCCUUAGUAAUACCCACGAACUGGAGCCGGUGUUCGGAGCUCAGAACCAAUUGCAGAAUUCCACACAUACCUUCGAUUACUCUGUCAAGGACACCUACUCCGGCAACGACUUCGGCCACCAGGAGUCCCGCGACGGCGACGACACCCAGGGGUCGUACUACAGGACUUAUAAACUACGGCCUACUUACAAACCUCAAAGGACUUAUAAACUACGGCCUACUUAUAAGCCUCGGCUCUUUCACAAAUUAGAGACAAGUCACAACAUUCAGCCCACUUAUGCGCCUACUACGAAAACUCUUCCCGUCCACCCACCCACUAAGAAACCUAAGCCCACUUAUCUACCCACUACGAGACCUCAGUCUUCCUAUCUACCUACUAAGAAAACCCAGUCUACUGAUCUGCUCACUGCUAAGCCACAGACCAGAUACCUAUCCGCUGAGAUAUCUCACCCCACUUAUCUACCCACUAAGAGACCUCAAUCUACCAGUCUACCUACUAAGAGACCUCAAUCUACAGGUCUAUCUACUAAGAAACCUCAGUCCACUUAUCUACUUACAAAAAACCCUCAAUCUACUUAUCUACCCACUAGAAGAACUACUUACCUGCCUACAUCGAAACCCCAGUCUAUUUCUCUACCUGCUUCGAAACCCCCACCUACUUAUCUACCCACCAGGAGGUCUCAGCCCACUUCUAUUACAGAUCUCCCAGCCACUUACUUGCUAACUGCGAAACCUCGGUCAACCCACCAACCCGCUAAGAGACCCAAACCUACUUACUUACCAACUGAAAAACCUCAACCUCCUUAUUUGUCGAGAGGUGAACCCAGACGUACUUAUGAAGCCUCUAAGAAACCUCAGACCACUUAUGAAGCCUCUAAGAAGCCACGGUCUACCCUCAGACCUCAGACCAACUCCAAACCUGGACGCAAGAGCCCCGAGACCGAAUUACAGCUCUUUGAUGGGCCUAUUGAAAGUCUUUCCUAUGUACCUGCGACAACAUAUAGGCCUGUUGUCCCUUAUACACCUAAUUAA